AACUGUAACCAGUUUACAGAUUAGUGCUGAAGUCGAGAGUGAGUCGAGGUGAGUCGGAAGUUACUGACCAAGUUUGGCGCGGGGCGCAACUGCCUUCGUUCCCCUCCUGAACCACAUACACACAUUUACUCUCCGUGUCGCAAAUCGUAGACCAGAGAUUUCGCUACAUCCACUAGCGCGUAACAUGCUAACGACGACGAUCACAACAAACCAUCUCGCACGCCGCGCCAUCAAAGCUCAAUUUGGCCCUUUGGGGGAAGAAGCAGCUAAGCUCGGUUUGCGUCAUUUGCUCGAGGUCGAGGUGAUAAACAAUGCACACCAGUUGCCACAUAUGCAUUUGGAUCGCACGAAUCUUUUGAACCUCAACGUGCAGGGAAAGAAUGACACACGAGCCCAAGUAAAGGAGGUCAUCAGUACAACACGCUACGGGCGGGAGGAGAACGAUGUGCCCUCGAUCGAUGCCCUCCGGUUGACGAAUGUCAGGACGGAGACUCCCUCCGGCCUGGAUAUUCUUCAAGAACUUGAUGGUGUGCAGCCACGCCUACUCGAGAUCUCCUGCGGGUGGGAUGAGUUCUGUUCGCUUGAUGAAUUCAGCACACUGCGUACGCCCUUCCCCCUCGAGACACUUAUUCUCAGCGGUGCAUGUCGACCUGACAUCGGUCUAAAAAGCACCCAGCUAGCACACAUAACCAGCCUACGACUUCACCUUUGCUGUAGUAUAUACUUGCCGCGCUUCCCCCCGCCCCUCAAGCUAAGAAGAUUGGUUGUGGAGGAGAACGACAUAAUGGACACGAUAUGCCGGCUGGCGGAGGACACGCACAUGCUCGAGGAACUGGAGGAACUUGUACUAAUCGGCACAAACGGUUGUGAUCUCAUGACCUGUUACGAACUCGAACAAUUUUUGUCAUCUAUCCAAAAAAUGCCACGUCUCCGAGUAUUGCAAAUUUCCGAACGGUUGCCGAUUCGAGACUAUGGACCUAUCACGAUGAAUGCUCUUCCCCAGUUUCUCCCUCAAGCACUCGAGUGCUUCAGAUUCUGGAGCACACCUGGGGCUGUUACCGAUCACGAUCCAUGGACUCAGAGGAUACGAGACAGGUCGUGGCUGCCGAAUCUGAAAGAGUUCAUCUUCUCGAUGGAUAUGAAAACCGACGAAGUCGCAAGCAAAGACGCUCGACCACCUUGGGAGCGAUCGGAAGUACAGCAGUAUACCGGAGAGAAAACAACAGCAUCGGAUAUCGUUUCCUUUGAAAUCGGUAAAGCGAUGACCGAGUUUCGACCAGGAGUAAAGAUCGCGGUUAUCACACAUGGAUGAAAGUGUAAUGGAAUUCGCUACCCAGAGGUUCCGGAGAAAUCGGGAAUAGGAAGGGGGACUGUGUAUGUUAAUCCUAACAUCAUCAAUACAUGGGAGUGGGAGAAGUCCGAAGUCUUGCAACUUACAAGUAUCUGCAGCUGUAUAGAUACGCGACACCUUCCUCACCAAUCCUGUCUUCACCCCACUCAUUUAUCA